CACACUCAUUGAGUCUCUCUCUACACUUCUAGCUAUCCUCUUCAACAUUUCUUGGGAACUCUCAUUUACUCUCUGUGGUAACCUUUUUCUUCCCUUCCUAUUCCAUAUCUGCUUCUGUACUCAAGAAGCGAAAGAAUCAUUUGGCACCUUAUUUCAUUAUCAUCACUAGCCCCCUACUGUUUUACUGUGAUCAAAUAGUACCAGAAGUCUAGCUUUGGACUGUAGGUUUUGGCUGGGAAUACUUUCUGAGGGUAAAAAGGGAACAAGAUCACGAAAGAUUGCAUCUUUGCCAUAUCAUAGACUGAACCCCAGGUGAUUUAAUGCUGGGCUAGUUAUAACACACAAUUAAAGAUGGAGUGGAAUGCAAAGUGGGACUGGGAAAGCUUGGCUGAGCUGAGCUCAAAAGCCUGUGAAAGUCCCCAGAAACUGCAACUCACAGACUGGGGAAUAGUGGAAGAGGAGGGCGAAAUCGUAAAUGCACCCUUCAAUAAUAAAAAUAACAAUAUAUCAGGGGGUAGCCAUGUCUCCGACCCGGGGGCCCAGGGCUCUUCCACCUCUUCCCCGAAAAUCGGGGCAGGGGCAAAAACGGAAAAUCGCAAAGCGAAGGACGCGUCGAUCGGCGGCUCGGCUGAGGCGUGCAUCGGGUUGAAGCUGGGGAAGAGGACAUAUUUUGAGAACCACGGCGGCGGCGGCGGAGGGAACGGCGGAAAGACGAGAAAACCAUCGACGGCUGGGGGUGGGGCCGGGGCGCGGUGCCAGGUGGAGGGAUGCCACGUGGACCUGUCGUCGGGGAAGGAGUACCACCGGAAGCAUAGGGUUUGCGAGAGUCACUCGAAGUUCCCGAAAGUGAUGGUGGGUGGCUUGGAACGUCGCUUUUGCCAGCAAUGUAGCAGGUUCCAUAGCUUGUCAGAAUUUGAUGAAAAGAAACGCAGCUGUCGACGUAGACUCUGUGAUCACAAUGCAAGACGCCGCAAGCCACAACAGGAUACUUUUCAGUUCAGUAAUUCAACCAAUAGGCCAUCUCCUUCCUUUUAUGAUGGUAGGCAACAAAUAAACUUCAUGAUGAACAAUGUCCCACUUUUUGACACUAAUAAAACUGCUUCAAAUUCAACUUGCUGGGAAAAUAAUAACAACACAUAUGCCUCCAACAUGUACACUAUUACAAGAGGGUGUACUUCGCAGCCCGAAAAAUCCAGUAGUACAAACAAACAAUCAUACCUGUCCACAGGGAUCCACCAGCCUAGCGCUUUCAGUUUUCGUGAAAAUAAUGUGUCCGAUAAUGUACUAUUGGAAUCCAAGGGCCCCACAGAAGACAGCUUCACACAAGGUGGCAAGGGAGCUAUGUUCUACAUGGAAACAAGCAUGACAGAGAAGUAUCCCCGUGCUCUCUCUCUUCUGUCAACUUCUUCUUGGGGUUCAUGUGAAGACCAACACAACAAUUCCUCUAUUUCAGAAUCUGCAAACCCGACCACCACCGCCUUACACGAACAACAAACAAUCCCCCUCCACCUUCCCCUCACACCCCCACAGUACUGGCAACCCGAACCGACCAACGGUCACCUCCCGGAUGUUCAUAAUCUUUUCAAGGUCCCACAAGAUGCUGACUUUUAUCUAAACUCAUUCAACUGACAUCUCUCAAGAAGAUUCAAGAAAAUCCAAGAAAAUCCUGUCUGUCCAGCUCUUCAUUGCUGUAUAUGAUUUGGUUGUGUAGAGUAUUUUUAGAUUCACCUGUUCUCACUAAAGGAGGUGUUUUUUUCCUUGGGAAGUGAUUUGCUUUCCAAGUAUUGUUUGUUUACUGUAUUUGACUAAGGAAAGUAGAUGGUCAAAUGCAAUUAUUUUCCUUUUGUAGGAAGAUAGUGAAUCUCAUGGGACAAGGUUACACGGGUGGAAAGAAUUUUUCAUGGAAAUUAUUAAACGUCCCUUAAUCUUUAUAAACUGGCAAUAAAGAAAUGAAAAUUGUUGAAUAA